ACAAAACUUCCCAACCAGCCGAGUUACGAAUCGCAUUUGCACCAGUCGGUCCAGAUUUUUCUCAAAAGAAAAAAGGAAAAAAAACAAACAAAAAAACGAACAGCCGGUCCAGAUUCGAGGAGCAGGUAAGCUCCUGAAUUUCCGGAAGGAAGCGCUUCAAAACGACCAAAUCCCAACAAAGCCUAACAAGUAGCGGAGCGAUCGAGGCGGCCUAGCAUUAGCCGUCAGCAACGCCGACGCAUCAAAAUCUUCGCACCUCCAUCCAAUGGCGGAGGCCGCGGGCAGCAAGGCGCCGCCGCAGCAGCAUCCCUGCUGCAGCAUCUGCGCGGAGCCGACGGCGCCGUCGGAGUUCCACCGCGGCGGCAGUGCCUGCGCGCACGCCUUCUGCGGGGCGUGCAUCACGGGCCACGUCCGCGCCAGGCUCGAGUCCGGCCCCGGCGCCGCCGCCGCCGUGCGGUGCCUGGACGCGUCCUGCGGCGGCAGGCUCGACCCGGAGCUGUGCCGCGCCGCGCUCCCGGCCGACGUGUUCGAGCGGUGGUGCGCCGCGCUGUGCGAGUCCAUGUUCGUCGGCGCGCGCAGGACCUACUGCCCCUUCCCCGACUGCUCGGAGAUGAUGGUGGCCGACGACGACGAGGAGGGUGAUGGUGGGAAGCCCGUGACGCAGUCGCAGUGCCAGGUGUGCCGGCGGCUGUUCUGCGCCCAGUGCGCCGUGCGGUGGCACGCGGACGUCGACUGCGCCGCGUACAAGAGAGGGGACAGGAGCAGGGAGGACCUGAUGCUGAUGGAGAUGGCCAGAGAGAAGAAGUGGAGGCGGUGCCCCAAGUGCGACUUCUCCGUGGCCAAACGAGAUGGCUGCCUUCACAUUAUCUGCAGGUGUGACUUUCAGUUCUGCUAUGGAUGUGGCGCUAAGUGGGGGUCUGCUGGGUGUUCUUGUGAUGACGAGGAGCAAUGAUGAGAGUGAGGAUGAAGAUGAUCUCGUUGACAUGUGAGCAUGUGACCAUUAUGAUAUAUGUGUCACAUGCCUUGCUGUUAUGAAACUCAUACGGGUUAGAGAAAUAUUUUGAAGUAUUAUAUGGUCCGUGCGUGCUAGAGAAAUUGAAACACUUAAUGUUUUUGCUACAUGCGAUUCUGAGGUUUUUGUUGAUAGAGUAAACAUUGUUCUUCAGCAAGUGUGAAAUUGUCACAACA